CUUUUUGUUCACAAUGAUGCUCAACUCAUCAAUCUCAUUUGUGGCGAUCUUGUGUGUUUUUGCUUCAUCCUCUGCACAAGACGUCUGCGGUCCUGACACGGAGAGCUGCAGCAGUACAGAUCACAAUGGAGGAAAAACAAACGUCACUUGUCUGCACACUUGUGGAAACAAACAAUAUAACAUCUCUGAAGCUUUAUGCUGCAAUGGUACGCUAAUUUGUGGAUUGAGCAGACUGGUUGCAGACUGCUGUGAAUCCAACGCCUUCAAUCCUUUAAAUGAGAUGUGCUGUAAUGGUAGAAUUUGUGAAAUAACCAAUAUCAAAAAUAGGUCAUGUGUCCCAGAUGGGAAUGAAAGCAAAUCUUCAGAUUCUGGAAGCACUGAGUCCAAGAAUAAUUGUACCCCAGUUCUGCAGUGUGGAUCAAAAACCUACGACCCUUUAACACAAAUGUGUUGCUCAGGCAGCAUAUAUAAGUUAUCACCACUAAACAAGUGCUGUGGUACAAAAGCCUACAGCAUUUCUGAAAAGGUGCUAUGCUGUAAUGGGACCCUUCAUAAAAAUGUACCUGAAAACUCACAGUGUGUUGGAGGAUAUAUGUAUAUGGAAAACCAGACAAUCAUGACUUAUGACACAAAUGUGUCCAUCAAAGUCAAUAGGAAAGCCGAGUGCUGUGGAAAGCUCCCAGUGGGGAAGGAUCAAACUUGCUGUUCAUCAUCAAGUCAUGCCAUGCUUUAUAAAACCAAUCUAGCAAACAGUUGCUGUGGGGAUCGUUAUUACAACAGGGCCCUAUGGGGCUGCUGCGCUGGAGAUCUCACACCAACACUAAAGAAAGACUGCCCUGCAGACAACAGACUUAAGAUGAUAAAAGACCUGAUCCCCAUCAUGUGCAAUGAAAGAGUGGUCUUUGGAAAGGUGGAAAGUGUUGCGCUUCAAAAUCUUGUCAAUCGUACCAUCUGGCUUAGAGUUGUGAGGGAGGUCAGUGUUCCUCACUGUGAAUCUUUGCAUCUGGUGUCGCUGGAUCACUGCUGCUCUCCCGCCCUAGAGAUUGGCGAGACCUACCUCUGGAAGAAAAAUGGCACUGAGUUCAAGCCUAUCUCUCUUCCUAUUGGUCAAGCCUCUGACAUUCACUUUUUUUUUGCUGUUUGUAACAAGGUAAAUGAAAACAUUUGUGAUGUCUAGUAAAUUCAUGCUAUAUAUAACAUUAUAGCUUACAGCAUAAUAUAUUAUAUUCAGUUCAGAUGACCUACUACAUAAUGUUUAUUUUAUCCCAUAACUGCAUUAAACCAUAUUUUUCCUUUAGAAAUGUUAAAGUCCAUUUAGCUACUUUUAAAAUGUGAACACCCGCAGAAAGGGAAAUCUUUAGAGAAAAUUCAGGGGAUAAAAUAAAUAUUGCUCAGAGCUUGCUCUUUUAUAUCAUAUGCGAUUUGAGUUCUCAGUUGUUUCGUUUUAACACUUAAAGGCUGUCGUGUUUGUUUCUCCUAAAAUUGCUUGGGACAAACAACUGUUGACACAGUAUAUUAAGAAUAUGAAACCACAAACUUAGAUUGUACAGCUAAUAUAAUGUGGUGUUGGAUACGUAUGAAUCUAUUUUGUUUUUGUUUGAAUGUACCUUGAAAUCUUCGAUAUCAAAAGAUUUGCAAGAUUUACACAUUUAAGUGUCUUGGCAAAUUUGCACUCCUACAAAAUAACGUUGUUACAUAAUGCCAUGGAACUCUUUUUGCCACAAUGGUUCCAAAAACAACAAAAGGUAUUGGUAAAGUGUUAGAGGGUUCUUAAGACCAUAAAAGGAAAGAAACCAAUUAUUUUAAGAACCGUGGUCUAAAUGGUUUAUUUGAGAACCAAAAAUGGAACUUCUAUUGCAUUGAAGAACCCUUUGUUGUGUCUUUAUUUAUCAUUCAUAAUCUGUUUUUGUUGCACUAUAUGUUAUUUGAAACAAAAAGAAUGUGAAAGAAUCCACAGACUUUGAGAAGGUUCUGUGGCACUUCUCAUGUGGCAUUGCUGAAUAGAACCCUUUGGCACCUUUAUUUUCACAAGUGCAAGGCACAGGAAGUUUUUAUUUUAUUUAAAUAUCAUUGCUGUCUAGGGUAACAGCUGAGAUAUUAAAGAUAUGUCACUUGUGAUUUUUAUUUCAGGUAGAUUCAGCAAUUUUUAUCCAGUUCUAGAAGAAUAUGUUUCUAAAUUUAAUGUUAAUGUGCAGUAUCAUUUUGUAUAUUGCAAAAUGUACUGUGUGACAUAAGAAUUAUCAUCAUGUACUGUAAUAUGAUAUUUUAUCAGUCUCAGGUCCAAUUUACUGUCCUUGUUCAGAUUUUGAAUGGUUUAAUAACCCUUUAUAUUUAAAAACUCAAAGGUGCUUUCAACAUCAUGUGAUCAUUUUGAGUAAAUGUGUGUGUUAAAUUUGCUUUCUCAAAGGCCUUUUAAAACUAAUUUAAUUAUGGAUUGACAGUAAUUUAACAAUAAGCUUUUUUUUCAAGAAAUUUACUUAUUAUUGCCAAACAUAUAUUAUAUAUUAUCUAUGCCCUUGUGCUACCUUUAUACUCUUUUAAAGAUAAGCUUAUCACACAAUUGCUAUAUUACGUGUGUGACCACAAAUGCUUUAUACCACUUGUACCUGUAUAACAUUUAGACAUCGAAUUAUGCAAAAGCGUAUUGCCUUGGACACGGCAAUUUUUUUGCUGUUUACUGUACUGUACUGUAUAUCAUAUUUGUUCUCAAAUAAAAUGUGUGUUGAAACUGAA